AUGGAAGAAAAGCAUAAAUCUGGUGCAAGUUAUGUUUCUUCUUCUAAGAACCACAAAACAAUAACUAUGAAAACAAAAAUGGAAAUAAUUAAGAGGUCCGAAAAAGGUGAGACACCAACUGAAAUUGGUAGAGCUUUCUAUAUCCCCUGAACAACUAUCAUGACCAUCGUGAAUGACAAGAUAAGAAUUCAGGAACAUGUCAAGGGCUUGGCUCCUAUGCAAUCACCUGAGAUAACUAAGCAGCAUGUUGGACUUAUUGCUCAGGUUGAGAACCUGUUAACCAUUUGACUGGAGAAUCAAAAUCAACAUCAUGCUCCUGUGAGUUUAGGCAUAAUUCAAGAAAAGACUGGGAGUCUUUAUGGUGAUCUAAAGAAAAAACGGGGGAAUUCUAAUACAGAGCCUUUUAAUGCAAGAAGGGGGUGGUCUAUCCAUUUUAAAGUCAGGGCCAAUUUGCACAACAUCAAGGUCUCAGGUGAAGCUGCCAGUGCUGAUGAGGAGGCAGCUCGUGCUUUUCCUGAGACAUUGACUGAAAUCAUUGAAGAGGGUGGGUAUUGUGCUCAGCAAGUUUUUAAUGUUGACGAAACUGGGCUUUUUUGGAAAAAAAUGCCAUCAAGAACCUACAUUUCCAAAGAGGAGAAAUUCAUGCCAGGGUAUAAAGCUGCUAAAGAUAGGCUCACUCUUCUGCUCUGUGCAAAUGCUGCAGGAGACUUUAAACUUAAACCUUUGCUUGUGUACCGUUUGGAAAACUUCAGGGCUUUCAAGGGAUAUUCCAAGGCAUUUCUCCCAGUAAUAUGGAAAUCCAAUCCUAAGGCGGGGGUCAAUAAGAACAUUCUUGAUGUUUAA